AUGGAUGGAUGGAUGGAUAAACAAAUGAGGAAGAUGCUGUUCGAAAGUAAAGAAAGGAUCAAAAUAAUUAUGAAGGGGAAAUGGUUGAUCGAAGCGGUAAGAUCAUUGCGCUGUGACAUUCGUGUUACAUCCAGUCAAGCAGUGAAAUGGCUGGAAAUCUACUACAGCUGCAAUAAGAUGACAGGUAAGAAAGGGAUGCAGGAGAAAGGGAUAGUGCAUUGGUCUGAUGGUAGCCGCGAUGCGGUUGCUAUCGCAACUCAUCGAACCGGAUGCCCUGCGGCUGGCAGCUCAAAACGGGCAAACGAUAGUGGUACGGGAGAGGUUUUAGUGGCAGCAAUAGUUUUAGUGUUAUGGUGGUAA